GGUGGUCUAGAGAGAGCCUGAACACAAAGGAGGAUUGGGCUGAACCCCAAGAGCAGGAGGGGCCAGGAGUCCAGCUGGGAGGGUCCAGCAGACGUGCUGAGCCCGCCCAGCAGCCCGCCCACUCUUUCAUCUCUGCAACUCCUUCCUCCUUGGCCCUUCCUUGAGCCUGUGUCUGUGGAUUGGUCUGGAUGGGUUUGAGGAAGGGAAGGAAAGGGGGUCUUUUUGGGCAGCUUGGAUUGGACAAAACUUCUUUAAAAAUGGCCCUUUGAGCAAAAGCCUGCUGAUGGUCAGUCAGACAGAUAGACAAGAGCUCAAGGACCCCAAGAGAGCACUACUCUCAAGGGGAUAGCUACCUCCUGCAGCUCGAGGCAAGACUGGGCGGGAGGCGACAAGAAAGGACAAGAGAAGUCCUUUCCCCUCCUCCUGUGCCAGCCACCCAGGCCCUCACUCCCAGACUGGCUUUUACCAGAGAGCUAAAAGCAAGAAAGUAACCUUUGGGAUUAAAGAGAAACGUUUCUUUGUUUGAGUUUCUUUCUUUUUCCCCCUAAGCCUCUUUUCACAUCUAUAGUGGCAUUUUUCCUCUUGUCUGGGGGCCAGAGGAGAAGAGCCAGAGAAUGUCCAGAGCAGCAGGGAACCAGACCUCCCCUGGGGCCACAGAGGACUAUUCCUACGGAAGCUGGUACAUCGAUGAGCCUGAGGGUGGCCAGGAGCUCCAGCCUGAGGGGGUAGUGCCCUCCUGCCACCCCAGUGUGUCACCUGGCCUCCUCCAUACCUGCUUGGCUGCGCUUUCGAUUCUUGUGUUGCUGCUGCUGGCCCUGCUGGUGAGGCGACGCCAGCUCUGGCCCCACUGUGGACACAGCAGGUCCGGGCUGCCCAGCCCAGUGGAUUUCUUGACUGUGGAUGGGCCCUGGACUGUGCCCGUUGCUGUCUUCAUGGUCCUCUUCAGCUCCUUAUGUCUGCUGCUCCUGGCUGAGGCCCCGCUGCCCUUCCUCACCCUGGCUUCACCAUCCAGCCGAGAUGGGGAAACUGAGGCUCCAACAGGUAACUGGCUCAAGAUCACAGAGCUGAUACUAGUCAGAGUCUGGAUUUGAACACAGGGCUCUUGCCUGCUGAACCAGCUGAGGGACUUGGAAGAUGGAGGCAUGAGAAAGGCCUGGGUGGACUGGAUUCAACCCACACCUGCCCCUUCAUCAUUUUCUCUCUGUCCAUCU